CAGUCAAGGAACCCUUUAAAAUUAUGGACAGUCUUGAGGCACACUUUAAAAAUUAUGGACAGUCUUGAGGCACCCUUUAAAAUUACGGACAGUCCCGAUGCACCCUUUAAAAUUAUGGACAGUCUUGAGUCACCUUUAAAAUUAUGGAUAGUCUUGAGACACCCUUUAAAAUUAUGGACAGUCCCGAUUUGCCCUUUAAAAUUAUGGACAGUCUUGAGUCACCCUUCAUAAUUUUAAAGGACAGUCCCGAUUCACCCUUUAAAAUUAUGGACAGUCUUGAGUCACCCUUUAAAAUUAUGGACAGUCCCGAGGCACUCUUCACAAUUAUGGACAAUCCUGAUUCACCCUUUAAAAUUAUGGACAGUCCCGGGGAACCCUUUAAAAUUAUCCCGGGGAACCCAUGGACAGUCCCGGGGGGACAGUCCCGGGGAACCCUUUAAAAUUAUGGACAGUCCCGAUGCACUCUUUAAAAUUAUGGACAGUCCCGAGGCAUCCCAUUCUAUUCUAAUAGUUUUAUAUAACACAGCAACAUCCACAUAUGUAGAAU